AUGUCCGCAGAAGACACCAACUCACCAUCAACCCCAUGGUUCGACGGGUCGGUCGCAACUGCCGUCCAGAAGGCAAACACUGACGGCUCCGUUCUCAUGGUCUGCCUCGUGCAAGACAGCAUUGAAGGUAGUGACAGUCAUAUCUUCGAGAGUCGAUUCACCAACGAGGCCGUCGCCGCCGAACUCGCAGGAAUGGACCUCUUCCCCUUGAGGCUUGUCAAGGACUCGACUGACGGCAUAAUGUUUGGCCAGAUCUUCCCUAUCAUGGUGGUGCCGGCACUCUACUUGAUUCGAAACGGGAUGUUGUCAGACUUUAUGAACAGCUCUGUGGAUCCCGAUGAGAUGCUGGAGAGAGUUCGAAAGGCAGUAGCUGGACAUUCGCAGAUCCCUCCUCCACCUGUCCCAGUCAUACCUGCACCCGCAAUGGCAUCAACCCCUAUUUCACCAGCUGUUCCUGUACAGCCACUUGCCUCGCCUGCUGUGAGAGCUCAACCUACAAGUGCAGUCUCGGAAUCAGUUUCAACUAGCGUAACCCCAACUCCCUCUACUCCUGUGCCCACUCCUGCCGCUGCAAGCCAAGCACCUGCAAUUGCCUCAGUCGAUUCAUCGUCAUCUGCCUCGACCAGGAAUGCGCCUGCCAGAACUACCAACCAAGCCGACGCUCUGAAGGAGCUGAUGAAGGAGCGCAAGUUGAAGCGGGAAAAGGAAGAGCGAGAGGCUGAAAAGAAGCGCGAACUUGACAGGCGGUCGUCCAGCAAAACAUUGACAGAGGCUCAAACGGACUUGAAGGAAAAGCAGGCCAAGAAACUCAAGGACCAGAUUGAAAAGGACAAACGGGAGGAGAUCGAGUACAAGAAACGCAUUAAGCAGGCUCUGGAAGACGAUAAGGCUCGUCGCAGGGCAGAACGCGAAAAGGCACAGGCUGCCAUUGCUGCUUCUGCAGCCCAGAGCAGUCCUCUUGACUCGCCUGUGAUACUGCCCUCUGACAUUCGUGCACAAAACUCGGGACUUUUGCAGGCCAGGAAUGAUGCAGCACCAGCACUUGCGUUUGAGUCGAGUCGACUCAAUAUUCGCCUUUUUGACGGGUCCAGUAUCCGUAACACCUUCAAAGCUACUGAUACUCUUGAACAAGUCCGCAGCUGGAUCAAUGCCAACCAGGAAGGUGACGAGAACGCUUACAACAUUGUGCAGUUGAUUCCCUCGAGGACAUUCACAGACGAGUCCAAGAUGCUUCGUGACCUCGAGCUCUGCCCCAGCGCCACCCUCGUUCUCAAGAGAACGGCGACAUCGUCGUCAGCUUAUGGAGGAUCAGGAGACGGUGCAGUGCCAACAUUGAUGGGAUAUGGCUGGUCAGCAUUGGGACUCGCAGGAAAGCUGGCAUCAUCUGCCUACAACACUGUCUCGCACUACAACCCUCUGUCAGCAGCGAACGCUAUCCCGCCAAGCAGCUCUACUGGCGGCGGCAGCAGCAGCAGCAGUAGUAGUGCACAAAACGCUCGCUCAUCACAGACAGCGGCGGACAAGAAGAAGGACAGAGAGACAAGCUACAACGGGAACUCGACAAGUUUGGAGUAA